CAAGUGAAGUUAAAUCGAUAAAUAGUUUAGUAAAGUGUUUUAAUAGAACUGUAAUAAGCAUCAAUCUCAUUUGGUAUCAUUCGCGACAUUGGAGUGGUACUGGACGGACGCAGACAUGGCACCUAGGACAGAAAAAGUUGGCAUUGUGGGCAGCGGAAUCAUCGGAAGGUCAUGGGCGAUGCUGUUCGCGUCUGUCGGCUACCAGGUGACCGUGUUCGACAUCAUCCCGAAACAAGUGACGGAUGCCCUGGCUGACAUCAAGAAGCAACUGAAGACCUUGGAGGAGGAGGGUCUGCUGCGGGGUACAAUUAAUGCUGAUCAACAGUAUGCGUGCAUUAAAGGGUCAUCGGACCUCGGCGCUGCCGUAAAGAACGCCGUGUUCGUCCAAGAGUGCGUGCCCGAAAACCUGGAGCUGAAGAAAAAGCUGUACGUGGACCUGGACAAGCUGGUGGACGACAACACCGUGCUGUCCAGCUCUACUAGCUGCAUCCUGCCUUCCAAGUUCUCAGAGGGCUUGAAACAUAAAGCUCAGGUGAUCGUGUCCCACCCCGUGAACCCACCCUACUACGUGCCGCUGGUGGAAGUCGUCCCAGCGCCGUGGACGCGUCCCGACGUCGUGGCCCGCACGAAGGCCAUCAUGCUCGAGAUCGGCCAGGAGCCCGUGGUGCUGGGCAGGGAGAUCGACGGCUUCAUUCUUAACCGUAUCCAAUACGCGAUUCUCAACGAGGUGUGGCGCCUGGUGAAAGACGACGUAGUGAACGUGGAGGAUGUGGAUAAGGUCAUCACUGAGGGGCUCGGCAUGCGCUACGCCUUCCUCGGCUCGCUGGAAACCGCGCACUUGAACGCUGAGGGCAUGGCCAACUACAUCGAAAGAUACGGCGAAACCAUCUACAACGUAAGCAACACCAUGGGCCCGACUCCCCGCAUGACACAAUGCCCAGGAGCUGCCUCUAUCUGCGAGCAACUCAACCAGCUUGUGCCCUUGGACCGGCUGCAGGAGAGGCGCGCGUACCGUGAUGCUGCCCUCACCCGUCUCUCUAUACUGAAGAAAGAAUUGAAGAACACGUACAAACGCUAA